AUGCACACCGACAAGUUGGCGUCGUCAUCGUCGCCCAAGGCGGCCGCGUACGACGCGUUCCUGAAAGAAUUCCCGGAGUUCCGGCUGACUUGGACAUUGGAUGCCCUUCGUCAAGCGGAAUUUUCUCGCUUGGACCGAACCGGCGAAGUCUACGUCGACUACAUGGGUGGUAGCCUAUAUCCAGAGAGCCUAGUCAGGGCUCAGGCAUCGUUCCUGCAUAAUCACGUCCUCGGCAAUACACACUCGGUCAACAACAGUUCCGCAUUAUCCUCCGCGCACGCGACCGAGGCACGAAUGGCUGUGUUAUCGUUCUUCCGGGCAUUGCCCGAAGAGUAUACGGUAGUCUUCACCGCAAACGCCUCCGCUGCUCUGAAACUCGUCGGAGAAGCAUAUCCCUUCACGGAAGAAAAUUGUUUCGUACUCGGAGAGGAUUCCCACAACAGUGUCCACGGCAUCCGACAGUUUGCGGCGCGAGCUGGCUCACGCGUACGAUACGUUGAAACAGCGCCCGAAGGAGGCGUGAUUGCGGCCGCCGCCCAGGAGGUGCUAUCCACCAAUGCUAUCAUCUCAAGGCCAGGCCUGUUCGCGUUGACGGGCCAAUCUAACAUCUCAAACGCAAAGAACUCGCUGUCAUUGCUAAAGCACGCUUCUUCGCUUGGAUAUCAUACUCUCCUUGACGCAGCAGCCCUCGCUCCUAUUUCGACUAUCUCCCUCGCCUCUACCCCCGUAGAUGCAAUGGCCAUCAGCUUCUACAAAAUGUUCGGCUUCCCGACGGGUGUGGGAGCUUUGGUGGUCAAAAAGUCCUUCUUGCAGAGCCUGAAACGACCCUGGUUUGCUGGUGGUACAGUUGACGUUGUCCAAGUACCCGGCACGGUCGUUACAAUGGCACAUGACGUCCACGAACAAUUCGAGGACGGGACAAUCAACUACCUUAGCCUGCCUACCAUCACGGACGGCCUUCGUUUCCUAUCCGCAUACCUACCAUUCCUUCCACUGCGCCUCACAUGCUUCGUCCAAUAUCUUAUCGAAUCGUUAUCGGCGCUCAAACACCAGGGCACCGGAACGCCCGUCGUGAAGGUUCUGUCACGAAGGCCAGGCAGGCGCCUCCAAGGCGUUGGUGACCAGACCGAUUGCGGUGCUGUGGUAUCGCUUCUAUUCCUUGACCCGAACGGGGAUAUGAUUCCCAAUUCAUUCAUCGAACACGCGGCUACAUCGAAGCGCAUCUCCCUCCGGACUGGGUGCAUGUGCAAUCCCGGAGGUGCCGCUGCGCUUUUGGGACUGAAGGAUCACAUGGCCCGCCUUUCGGAGGUACCAAACGCGACUCUGGACGAGUUCGAGUGUUUGGUCGGACACGAACUGGGUGUCGUGCGGAUCAGCCUUGGAUUGGCGACGAAUUUCGAAGACGUCUGGCGCGUCAUCGAGUUUGCAUCCGUGCUCGCGGACCAGGACUCUCGGGAUCAGCUUUGGGCGCGAUAUACGGAAGACACGGAACGGAUGCGGUCACUCACGCUGCAUUCACACUAG